AUGCAGCACAAGCGCGCCCGCAAGCCCAAGCCGGCCGUGGUGCCACCGCGCCUGCAGCAGCCGGUCGCCUGCAGCGCACCGGUAGCGGCCGACUAUGAGGCCAUUGCGCCCUACCUGAACCAAGGCACUUGCCGCUACUUUGUCCUCAAGACGUUUAGCGAAGCCGACGUGCACAAGAGCAUCAAGUAUGGCAUCUGGACGAGCACGUACAUUAGCAACCACUUUCUUGACGCGGCCUUUGGCCGGGAUCUCUCGUGCAUGCGCCCGAUCCUCUUCUUCUUCAGUGUCUGCGGCAGCAAGCACUUUUGCGGCAUUGCGCGCAUGACGUCGGGCCUGCAUAGCGACCGCAACUUUCUGCUCUGGGAAAAAACCAAGUACGAGGGCUACUUCAACGUCGAGUGGCUCGUCGUCAAAGACGUGCCCAACCACGCACUCAAGACGAUUGUGCUCCCAAACGACGGCAAAAACAUCACGUCGGUGCGUGACUGCGACGAGAUCCCCUUCAACGAGGCGUCCGAGUUUAUGCAGCGCUUUGUGGCCUACGAAGGGGCCACGAGCCUCUUGGAGGACAUGGAGCACUACGAUACGCUCCAGCGCGCGCUGGAAACCAAGCGUGGCUUGAUCAACGUCCCGCCGACAGCCGACGUCGACGACUUCUUGGCGCCCGCCACCACCACCGAGGUGCGAAGGCGCCGCACGUCAUCGUGCUAAUCCCACAAUGUACAUGUGCACGGAUUGUCAUCUCCA